AUGAAGAUAGAUGUGCUGUUGCCGAAAUUCAAGCUAUACAUUUCCAAUGACCAGCAAAGUGGUAAAUUAGCAAAACUGAUAUUCAAAGUGGCAAAUGUUCCGUAUGAAGAUAUCAGUAUUAAUCGGGAAGAACAAUGGGAUGCCAUUAGAAAUGAGACACCACUUGGGACACUGCCAAUACUAGAAAUUGAUAAUCUCAAGCUGAAUGGACAGACUGCCAUCUGUCGUCAUUUAGCCUGGAGGUUCGGACUGUCUGGACAAACUGCAACAACAGAUGCAUUGCUCGACAUGUUUGCUGAUUUGCUCUUUGAGGCUCAGAUUUCAGUUUUCGGACCAGCAGAUGAUGAUAAGGAUAGCAAUACCAAUGUUGUAAUGGCCGAUGAUGCAAAAAUUGGAAAAGUUUGCAACCAUGUUGGAUCCAUUAUAGAGAAACAACUAAUCAGCAACAAGACUACAUAUUUGAUCGGAGAAGAGGCUACAUGGGUUGACUUGAUGACUUACGUAUUUUUCAAUUCAUUGAUAGAUUACGGGAAGAAUGUGAAUCUCGACAGGUAUCCGUCAGUGAAACACAUGUAUGAGAGAAUCUCACAACUGAUUGAACUUGGAAACAAUUCUUAA